CGUGAUUCCAUCUCCGCUGCGACGAUAUCUUGCCUGACAUCGUGGGGCUGCACUAAGAGAGAAUGGUGCACAGAAACAAUGGCCGCAAGCGGGCCCGACAAGAACUAGGAGAGGGAAAUGGUGAUGAGCUCAAUUCAGACAUCAGUUCUUCACCGGUUGGCUUUUCACCACCAGCGCAGUCUGUGCCACCAGCCACACCCCAAUUGCCUCUGCUCGCGCAGCCUGCCGGUCAAGCUAAUCGCGUCUUGGCAACAAUGAGUUGGAGCUUUCAGCCCACGGCUCCACCAAAUCAGCAGCAAGCGCAAACAAGGUGGAAUGAUUCUUUGAUGGGACACACGCCGCCGUCUGAACCAUACAAUCCUCAGCUCAUGAGCAGGAACUAUCACAUCACUUGGGGCGACAAUUCUUGGAGUAACACCAAUUUCCUGCCCCAAUCUGUGCCUAUCUACGAUUUCCCGGAGCCUACCGACCCUUGGGCGAACGUUUCUCUCUACGACCAGCCUGUUGACGGACCUUCUUUUGGAGUUAAUCGUUACUUUGAAGGCUUCACAGAACCUGAGUGGUUCCACUGCCCCGGCUCUUUUAUGUCCUCCAGCAAUAAAUACGAAAAAUCUGGGUUGAACCCAUCAUACGAUACUGGGGCAGACACCAUGCCAGACACGAUCCCAGAUUUAGCAUAUAGGGAUCCUCACGGUCCUUUGAAGACUUCAUCCGACUUGGGUAAUAAUGCAAUUGCGAUGUAUCAGGUUAUGCCUGAGGCGAGAAUGUCAACCAUUCGACAGCCAGAUGCGGCGUACGCUGGAGCGCCGCCAUCAAUAACUGCGGAUGAAGAAUUAGCACUCAAACUGCAGGAGGAAGAAUUUUCGCAGGAGGUGACUCCAUCACCAAAAAUCCGCAUGGUCAAUUUCGCAGCAACCCGAACCUUGGGGUCAUGGGAAAAGCUACCUUGGGAACUCAAGCUGCCCCUUCUAGAGCAAUGCCUAAAACUCGACAUUCCUCUUACGCCGAAGAACAUCAAGAAACUCAAAGACAUUCAUCUGGACCCGUUCUUGAAAGUGUCCACAGAGUAUGCGAAGGAAGCUGAGCAGGUGUUUUACGAGUGUAAUGAACUCAGGCUGCAGCCCAUGCCUUGCGAUAGCGAUCCGCUCACGCAAACCGUCCGCAAGCUUGAAAUAUCGUUUCCUCACCCAGAUAUGAGGGUCAACAUCUUCGUCAAGCGGCUCGAAUUCCAUGGAUGCCCGAAGCAAACAGACGAACAAGUGUCAAAGGCUGACAAUGGUAGAUGGGGUUCAAGUUUCGUCCAAGUCAAACCACCUCGAUAUACUGCAGCUGAAUGGGAUGCGAAGCGGGAGAACGACAAUUGGCACUACCUUAAGCAGAUCACCAACGGUAAGUAUGGGUUCCAGAAGCUAGAGUUAGUCAAGGUAUUCUUCGAGCCGAAACCGAUGCGGAUGCAGUCUAUCUUGUGGAGGUGGCGAGUUGUGAUUGAGGUUGGGAGUCGUGAGUUGGUAUUCGAGAAUGAGAUGAAGGACUGGGAGGGUGCACUGGAGGCAGUGAUCAAGGAAAUGGCGCUCCCAUCACCUGAUUCUGGACAACCUUGCUUCAUCCUGGUCAGGAGGGAAGAUGCGAAGACCAACUUGGUGCAGUUCGGCAAGGAGCUGGAUGGUUUCAAUGAUUAAUCUCAGGACCAAGUGGUGCAUUCAAGGGCUUCUAAGAUUCCCUGCUCAGAAAGUUGAUGAUUCGUAGCCAGAGUUGAUAAUAGGCUUGAGAGGCUUCGCUUGCCCCCGAC